GCGAAAUGGAUAUGAAGAACUACCAUCGCUUCUGAGGUGUCGGUAUUAAAAUCAAACAAACAAACAAAAAAAAACAUUAAACUUUUUCCUGACCUGUAAUUUCUGCCAUUGGUGAAGUCCUCAUGGAAGCUGCUGCAUCAUUGGAUGAGUUUGUGAUGCCUUGUGGAACAGUCGAUAUUCCACCCUAAGUUAAGAUCUCCUGAUGUUUCGAAAUAAAGGAGAGAGACAUGGGUGUAAUUUAAAGUGUCGUCUCUGAGAUUCUUGAACUUUAUAAUUUCUCAGCAACAGUGUACUUUGUGAUUUCUGUCACAUUUCAUCUUGUGACUAGAAAAUCCAACUUUCUGGUUAAAGCAAAUAUUAAUUCUGGCCUGCAGCGUUUGGAGAAAGCAGGCUUUAUAUCCUGCAGCAUAUGGACUUUUACACUCCAUCAAUCACCAGAGGGGAAAAACAAAACAAAAAGCAAAGGUAAAACCGAUCUGCUGAGACCACUUUUACCAUGAGGAACAACCUCUAAACCUCAAAAGUAGGCUGUCAUGCAGACAAGUCCUUAAAGAAAAUAAUUAGUUUAUUUAAUAAAGAAUAAUUUAUGGUUUUAAAUGAGCUAAGAGGUGUUGAAUUUUGAAAAAUUUGCAAAAAAAAGUUCAGUUUUAUUCUCAACCGCUGCCACCCAUCAACCAGCAGAAUAAUAAAGCAUUAUUUACCUGUGUGGUAGCAGCGCGUCUGGUGGUCACCAAAGACUUAACACACUGAAACCAGCUCACAGCUGACCACAUGACCACAAUUCUCGCCCACAGCUAAUGAUUGAAAACAUGCCCACACAUCAAUGAGGAACUGCUUCAGGUAGAUGUGGGUAAAGUGGGGUUCAUUUCGUAAGUUGACUCUGAAACCUCCAAAGGAUGAAAAUGGUGAACUAUUUAUUUUCUCUUUGUCAUCUGUUUUGUAUUCCUUUGCAAAAUAUUUUGGAUUAUUUUGCAGUAGCGUUUGCAUUUAGCUGAUCCGCCUGAACAUUUGUCAAAGUUCAGUGCAUUGGUCUGGCUUUGUUCGGCCACCGUUUAAGGGAGAGAUAUUUGACUCUGAUAUUUUCAGCUGUGUCAUGUAACUGAACUCCUACUAGGCAUGUUUUCCUGAAACAGCUGAUUCUUUCAGCUGAAGAUGAGAAGGUGCCCAUCUUUAUCUUUAACUGGUAAGAUGAGGUGCAGAUGUUAAUGUAAGGUAACAAAAUGUGUUGCAAAGGAAUGGUUUAUAUUUUUAACUCGUCUUAUAAUUAGAGCCCCACUUAAUUUGAUAUAAAAGUAGUUUUCUCUGUUUCGUGAAGUAAACAUGCUACAGAUUUUACCAAGUUGGCUGAUGGUGAUGAACUACAUUAGGUGAGUUCAGGAAUAUCUCACCACGAUGUUAAACCUGACUCAAACUGUUUUUUUAAAUACUCAAAUCGGGUUUAAUCGGGUUGGACCUUUGACAACGCUGAUUUUGUUUUGUAUAAAAAAAAAUCACAUUUAUUAUUUUUUUUUUUUCUUUUUGAGCGUGAGAUUGUGGUUUACUGACAAAAGGAAACUGUCCGAACCGUGUAGAGCUGACGGUGCAAAAUAAACCACCUUGUUAUAAAAAUAUUAGCAGUCGCAGUGCUUGUGCUUUUUAAUUUUAUGAUCGGUUAACGUCAAAUGAUCAUCGUACUUUGUCAAUCACUGGACAUCUUUGAAAAGCCGUUGGAGGGUUCAAGAGAGUUGCUUUCUGGAUUAAAUCAAACCAAAAGGUUUUGGUUGCUCUGCUUCACAUGUGCAGAUAUCUUAAUAAACACGGGUUAAUUUGUACUUUAAAAAAAAAAACAAACAAAACUUUAGUCCUCGUCCUUGUCAGCAGUCUUGACGUUCCUGUAACCAGCUGCAGUAUUUCAUUGGCACUUAAAUCUCCUCCUGUUAGGCUGAUUAUCAACUUUUCCCUCAGGGCCCCGUACAGCAAAGAGCUCCGGCCUCGGUCACGCUCACCCAUUUACGGGCGCGACGGACGUGAUCCGCGAGACAGCCGUGAUGGGAGGGACUCUGGUAGAGAGCCGCGACCAGGGAGCCACUCUCGUGAUCCCGAUUAUCGGUACCGUGGCUCUGAGAGCAGAGACAAGGACCUCAGGGGUGAUCCACGGGAUUCUGCAUACAGAGAUGAUUAUGACAGAUACUACCGCAGUGGCAGUGCCGCAGAGGACUACUACCGAAGGAAGGAUGAACCUUACAGGGAUCCUUAUGUGGAUCCCUGGAAUGGACGGCGUGAGACAGGAGUAGUAGAUGACCGCGCCCGUCCUGAAGAGCGUCGCCGUAAUGAACUCUAUCGACAGUACUAUGAAGAACUGCAGCGGCGCUACGACACUGACCGCCCUGUCGACUGCUCCGUGAUCGUAGUCAACAAGGCGCAGAAUAGGGAGUAUGCUGAGACGGUCGGGCGGAAAGUCCGUGAUUUGGGAAUGGUGGUGGAUCUGAUCUUCCUCAAUACAGAAGUGUCUCUCACCCAGGCGCUGGAGGAUGUAGGCAGAGCCCGCACUCCCUUUGCCAUCAUCAUUACCCAGCAGCACCAGGUUCACCGGUCCUGCACAGUUAACAUCCUGUUUGGCACACCUCAAGAGCAUCGAAACAUGCCUAUGCAGGACGCCAUGAUGUUGGUUGCCCACAACUAUGACACCUACAAAGUGGAAAACCGUGAGAAAGAACGUGAGGAGAUCGCCAGAAAAGCAGCCAAGAUGGCGGAUGAUGUGCUACUCAGGGAACCUGACAGAGAGGGUCACCCCAUUUCACUUCUCACUGCCAUCACCCUGCUGUCAGAAAACAGGUUUUUAACUCCAGAGGAACUGGACAGUCUUGUUGCGUACCUGAAGGACAAAAGAGCUCGUCUGGUACGAAGCAGUGGAGGAGAUCCUCUUGCAGCUUCAGUCCACGUUGGAGCUUCUGCAGGAGUUCAUCAUGAUGUCCCACUGUCAGCUGCAGGACUCCCACCGUCUACUCACAAAGCCCCACAGUCCGGACACCACAGCCUGUCAUCAGCUUCCAGCACCUCAGCUAACCCCAGUCACCAGCAGGAGCUGCAGGCCAAAAUCCUCAGUCUGUUUAACAGCGGCUCUGGGUCAGGCACCAGUGGCCUCGCCCCUCCUGCCCCCCAGUCACACCCUUACAGCUCUCUUGGCCCUUCUCCGUCCCAAAACCCCUCUCGCCAACCUAUGUCCGGGCCACCUGGACCUGUAUCCCAGGGUUACGGCACGCCACAAGGCCGCUCGCCUGUAACACCAGUUGGUCAGAGGGCUCCUGCAGCUGCUUCAGGCAUUAAUUUUGACAACCCGAGUGUCCAGAAAGCUCUUGACACACUCAUUCAGAGUGGACCAUCUCUCAACAGUCUGGUAGGGCCUGGGGCUUCUCAGCAGCCGCCCCCAAGACCAGCCCCCAGCAUGAGUCAGGUCCCACCCAUGUCUAUGUAUCCCCGACAUUACUGACGAGCUGUAGCGAUUCACGUGUGGCCCACCUCUCCUGAUAGAAGUAAAUACCACAUCUUUGUCUGUGUGAUGCAUUUACCAGCUUAGUCUUGGUAGACUGUAGGGAUAUUUUGUAAAGGUUUCUAUUAUCCCCCCCCCCCCCCCCACCCCAAUAUAUUGUGCUGUUAAAAUUGGGUGAGAUAUUGAGACUACUGAUAGUCUAUAUUUUCGAUUGUUAACCUGAAAAAUUUUAUGCGUUCUUUUUACAAUUGAGUUGAACAGUUGAAGCUAUUGAAGUACAGUUUUGGUUUUUGGUUCUUUUCCAGCCAUUACCUGUUAUGUGUUUUCUAGUUUUGCGCAAUGUUUUAAUUUGUAUUUUGUUGUUAUGAUCCAAAUAAGACAAUUAAAAACUCAAGACACAA